GGAAGAAGACUGGUGACGCAGUCAUCAUGCGCCCGAUACCGUAGCAAUUAAGCUAGGCUAGCAACGUGAACUCAAGUGUAGAAACGUCGCUCAUGUACGCUUUGCGGGUCCACUCCGGUGUUUAAUUGAUCAAGUUCAAUGUUCCAUUUCGCCUCCCAGCUGAGCUCAUUUUUUUGCUUUUGCCUUUUUCUCAGCCAGUGGUCAUGACAGACGAUGACGAACACGACAAUGGCGGCUCUUUGUGCGUCGCUUUCGUGUCGGUGUUGUCCUGUCUGCUGCUCGCUUGCUCUUACGUUGGAAGUUUGUACGUGUGGAGGAGUGAGCUGCCCAGGGAUCACCCGGCUGUCAUCAAGCGGCGCUUCACCAGCGUGUUGAUCGUCUCUGGCAUGGCGCCUCUUUUUGUGUGGGCAUGGAGGGAAUUCACAGGCAUCAAGACAGUGCCAUCGUUACUGCCGAUCAUGGGGAUCCGCUUUGAAGGCUUUGUACCCGCAGUCGUCCUUCCUCUGCUGCUCACCAUGGUCCUGUUUCUGGGCCCCUUGACGCAGUUGGCUAUGGACUGUCCCUGGAGCUUCGUGGAUGGCAUCCGGGUGGCCUUUGACCCGUGCUUCUGGAUGGUGUGUUUCAGCGACAUGCGGUGGUUGAGGAACCAGGUGGUGGCGCCGUUGACAGAGGAGCUGGUGUUCAGGGCCUGCAUGCUGCCCAUGUUGGUGCCCUGCGUCGGCCCGGCCGCCGCCAUCCUCACCUGCCCGCUCUUCUUUGGAGUGGCUCACUUCCACCACGUGAUCGAGCUGCUGCGUUUCCGGCAGGGGACGCUGUCGGGAAUCUUCCUCUCGGCAGUGUUCCAGUUCUCCUACACGGCGGUGUUCGGCGCCUACACAGCCUUCAUCUUGAUGAGAACAGGUCACCUGGUGGGCCCGGUGCUCUGCCACUCGUUCUGUAACUACAUGGGUUUCCCUGCCAUCAGCGCGGCCCUGGAGCACCCCCACCGUCACGCUGUCCUCUCCUGUUACCUGCUGGGGGUCCUCCUCUUUCUCCUUUUCCUCUUCCCCUUCACCGACCCCGCCUACUACGCUCCCCCCACGCCGUUGUGCACCUUGGCCUCUUCCUCCAGCGCCCUCUGCCUCCCCUCUUCUUGAUCCCGGCCUGUCUCUCGCUCUCUCUCUCUCUCUCUCUCUCUCUCUCUCAUCUGCCCGUCUGACCUUCACCUUGGUCCACAGAGGUUGAGGAUACAGAUGAUACAGAGCUCAGGUCUGCUCCCCGAAAGACGGCACAUGCUGUCAUUACUUGACAUGCGCUGGAGUGGUCGGCGGCAAACCUGGAUUUCCUCUUCAGCGUCAGAUGUGCAUCUGUUUGAUGAGGCGACAGCAGGAAAGAUUCAUCACCAUUAGUUUGGUCACUAACGACAACCGUAGGAGACCAUGUCUCUCGUGUCACGCGUAGACGCCCAGAUGAUUGUAAUUAUCGGACUCUUGGUCAGCGGCGGGAGCGCUGAUGUUCCUCAACUCAUUCAAAGUCACAAAAAGGUGAGAUUGAUGCAUCUCUUUGUGCUUUCAGGGUAAUCCAGUUGUUGUUUAUUUUUUUAUCCUGCGAUAGUGACCUCUAUGUUGUUUACAUGCACAAUAAUACCCGACUGGGAAUACCAGUGGUGCUUUUGGCAACAAAAAACAAAAACAAAUGCAAAACACUCUAUAAGCUAAACUGGUACUGUGAAGACAAAGUUGACUGCUUGAGCAAUAGUGUGAGGUGAACACUAGAAGGCGUCAGAGAGCCUUCUAUUUUUGUCUGGUCUGUUGGGGCCCCGCUACCGGGUGAGUAAAGUGCUGAAUGCGACCAUUACUGAGACACGCUAUUCAUCAAGAGCGGCGGGACGGCUUCUGGCUGAUUUAUGGUACAGUCUGAAGAGGCUUUCCUGUGCCAAGAUAAACAUUUGCUGCAAAUAAAUUCACUUAGUUGAACCUUUCUCCUAAGUGGCACCUGUCCCCCAUCAUUAUGCCCCCCCCCCCCCCACCCACACACACACAAAGAAAAGAAAAAAAAAAAGUAAUUUAUUGAUCCGCUCACAAUACUUUGUCCUUGGCUGCCUUUGAGUUGUACUUAACCGUCACCGGUCACUUUUGUAUAAAAGAUCCGCUAGGAAAAAAAGAAAAGUCUGCCUUUGCUUGGGUAGGGGCCGAGAUGCAGAGUGCCUGUAACGAUAUGCAGACUGCAGAGGAAUCUAUAUUUUGCAAAGCUUGAGCAGCUCUGUUAUUUUCCUAGGGGGAGAAUUCCAAAUGUGCUCAUCGACAAUGAGCCCAGCGCUGUUUUUCUGUUUUUAAAAAAAUAUAUUUUGUGAGUGUAGAGAGUAUAAAUGGAUCGCAUCUGUACAAUUCAAGUAGUUUUACUACAACUAUCUUUGACACAAACCUUGGCUGUAAAGAUGUUUGUAAAUAAAUUUUAUACAUCAAUUCAUGCC